ACACAAAACACAAAAGUUCAAAAGAAUCAAAACACAACUUUUUUUCGGUUUCCUUCAGCUGAAUCAGCUCCGCGCCGCCGCCCCUUCUUCUUCCUCCCGCAGUCCCGCUGGACUCCUGGACCCGCUCGAGUCGACGCUCUCUCUCUCAGUCUCUCUAGUCUCUGCUCUACGCUCGGCUCUCGCUGCCGACUGCCGACAUCGCAACGCUCUCCCCGUCUCUCUGCCGCUCUCUCUUUCUCUCUCUCUUCCGCCGAUUUCGCAUCCGGUACCGCCGGUUCCAAUGGCGACAUUAAGAAAUCUGAAAAUCAAGACAGGAACUUGUAAACGUAUUGUUAAAGAGUUGCAUUCAUAUGAGAAAGAGGUUGAGAGAGAAGCUGCAAAAACGGCAGACAUGAAGGAGAAAGGAGCUGACCCUUAUGACCUUAAGCAACAGGAGAAUGUGCUGGCUGAGUCAAGGAUGAUGGUACCUGAUUGUCGCAAGCGCCUGGAGGCCUCAUUAUCUGAGCUGAAAGGAACUUUGGCUGAGCUGGAGGAGUCGAACCAAAAGGAAGGCGCAGAAAUUGAGGAAGCACGAAGCACUAUAGCGGAGGUUGAACAGUUCUUUCAAACAACUGAAGCCUAGUGUUGGAAGCUUUCAUUAAGGGUACCAUUAAUGGAGGAGUUUUGAGUUUGUUUGUCCCAUUAAUGGCAGUUUGGCAUGGAGGGAGUGCAUUUUGAUGGGUUUUGGAACCUUGGUUUUCUGGAAGCCGUGUUGUCUCUUGUCUUGUGUUGGCGUGUCACAAAAACUUAAAAGCUAUUGUACGUAUAGAAUAUUUGCUUGCCAGUUAUUGUAUCUUAUUUUAUUUCUAGCCUAUUGUGAAUCAAA